AUGGUAGGUGCGGAUACCGUCGGCCUCAAGCCAGCGCUCGAAGCCGAAGCGUGUCCCGUGUGUGGCGACCGCGUGUCCGGAUACCACUACGGGCUUUUGACGUGUGAGAGCUGUAAGGGUUUCUUCAAACGCACCGUCCAGAACAAAAAGCACUACCAAUGUUCAGCUGACUCGUCUUGUCACGUAGAUAAAACGUGUAGAAAACGAUGUCCAAGUUGCCGUUUCGCAAAAUGCAUGGCAGAGGGUAUGAAAGUGGAAGCUGUCCGGGAGGACCGGAUGCGGGGUGGAAGAAAUAAAUUCGGUUCCUACUACAAAAGGGAUCGAGCAGCUAGGAUGCAGCGUAUAGCACUGAGGGGAAACGUUCCACAAGCUCAUGCUGGUGCUUUCUACGCCACUCAUCCACCGAUGGAUCAUCAAGUCACCAGCAGCACUCCUGACCAGCCACCUCAUAUCCAAUAUUUUGAUGCGAAUCCUCACAAAGUGAAAACCGAAUAUGACGCAAUGCUCCAGAGUCCAACACUUUCCAGCAGUACUCCGGUUUCUUUUACAGUUUCAGAUUUUAUUAUACAUCGCCCCAACCCGUACAUGCCAGACAGCGACAGCUUAGCUGCACUUUUGGGGCAGUCGAUUGAUGAUCCACUUCUGAGAUCACAGUCUUUCCCCAUUUACCCAACUAUCAAGCCAGAACCGUUCGAUUACACGGAACAAUAUCUCCCUGCUCCACUUCCUGACUAUUCCGCUUUUCACACCCCCGUCAGCUACUCUACGAUGAUAUCACAGACAACUAAUUCCGUUACCAGAAGUGCUUCUAGCUCAAGUCGAUCAUCUCCUGUACUCCCAGUCUGCCCUGUUCCAACAGAAAAAACCGUCGAUUCAUUCUACAUCAACAACAACGAGAUGGAGUUGUUAUUGAGGGCUUUACCGGAGAGUCCAAGGUUUUUAACCAUACUGCACAAAGUCGACAAAAUGGAUCCGUUCACUUAUUCCAUGGGUGUCGUCGAGGCAAAUCUGAAUGAGCUAGUCACCUGGGCCAAAAAUGCACCGUACUUCCCUCAACUGGAGAUGGAGGACCAGAUGAUGAUGCUGCAGUCGUCGUGGGCCUCCAUUCACAUAAUCGACAUCAGCUAUGCCGUUCUCAAGGUUAAUGGUUUCAGCUUACCUACCGGACUGAUUGCUCUGAUGGGUUACCAUGUUCAUAUUCAUAAAUGGACGGAGCUAAUUGGUAGGUUGCACGCUCUGGGAUUUGACCGAUGCGACUACGCUGCUUUCAAAUUUUUGGCACUCUAUCAGAAGAUUGAGGACCAAGGUAUUUUGUUCCUGUUUUCUGCUCGCGAAUCGUUGUUGUCGUCAUGGGGCGCGUAUCGAGGCACAGCGAACGCCACCCUUCUACCUCACUAUGACAUUUUUGUACAGAUGAAGUGA